GCAGUCCUUCCUGGUCAACCUCUACAAGUUCAUGAAGGAGCGCGACACGCCAAUCGAGAGGGUGCCUCACCUCGGCUUCAAGCAGAUUAACCUGUUUAAGAUCUACAAAGUUGUGGAGAAGCUUGGCGCUUACGAACUGGUAAGGAAAAGCAUGCUUCCGCUCCUUCAAAGUGGGGCUGAGAAAUUCUGAAAACAUUUCGUAAGUUCAGUUUCCCUUCUGGGGAAUGGGAAGAAUAUUGCAGUAGAGCUGCUGCCACUGUGAGUGGCACUAGGCAGAAUAAAAAAUUAGAGCAGGGAAGUGUUUGCUUCCCUCACCCCAGGAAUGUCCUGAGAAUCCCUAAUAAUGAUCGUGUGGGGAGCCAGUAUGCCUAGUGGUUAGAGCACAGAACCUGGGUCUCCUGAGUCCCAGUCCAUGCCCUCGCUCAAGGAUGUCCUCACACAAGGCAUUUCCAGUGCAAAUGCUGUACUCUUUUUGGUGCCCGCUGAAAACCUUUUUCUUUGCACAGGAACUUUAAAACCCUUUAUAUUUAUAGCUGUGAUUUUCCCAUGCAUUUUUAGCUUGAUGUGACAGUUUUGUGUUUCUCAAUAAUAUUUUCUGGCAGCCAGAUCCUUCUUCUGGUACCUCAUUAUAUCGCAUGGGUUUUUAGGUUGUUUGAUGUUUCUUUCCUGGAAACCCUUUUGGGGGAGGAAGGUGCACUUUUAAAAAGUCCAAAUGCAGAAGUAAAGGUGGACCUGCAGCCCUCCUGUACCAGCUUGUGAAACCCCCAGCAUUCCCCAGAUUCCAUGGAUGCCUGGGGCAUGCUGGGAAUUUUAGUCCAGGAGGGGCUCAGGUUGAAAAAGGCUGACCUAUACUUGCUUUGCUUGCUGUCUGCGGCGUGGACUUGGAGUUUGUACAUCAGCACAGGUGAUCCUGCAGGUAGCAGACGGAACCUGGGCUCAGGGAGAGGUGUUUUUCAGAGUGGCAGCUGCACAUUCUCCAUCCCUUUGUCAGUCCAAGUGGCUCUUUCCCCGAAAUGCUAAAAAAAAGAGUAUUUUCCCCGGCUGAUGCAGCUCACCUCACUGUGUUCCCCCAAGAGCGAGGUGAAGAUGUGCCCUGCACCCCACACUGAUGGGGACGGUGGGUAUGCCAAGUAGCGAGACUCACGGUGCUGGCCAAAGGGGGCUGCGGGGGGAACUCCCUGAAGCCCAGGACGGGAGGUGCGAGAGGGAGCAGAUUGCAAUACGAAUAUGGCGAUUAUAUUUUAGGAAGUGACUCAACAGCCCCUGACAAAGGAAAUUCUGUUUUUCUGGCUGUCUCAAGGGGGGCUCUCUGGAGCUGAUUUCCUUCGAUUGGCUCCCCUUGGGCUGGGGCAGCAUUGCAGGCCCCUCCUGCAGACCCUUCCAGGGAGACACGAGCUGCCUGUGCGCAGAAGUCAGCAACAGAUGGGCUGGUUCUGUGACCUAAGCGGGCAUCGGCGGGGAGGGUCCAGGACCCCCCUUUCUUUGGAGGCCUUUGCUCUCCAUCAGCAUCACUUGGCAGCUUGUGGGGGCAGGUGGUUCCAGUGGCAAACCCCACACGAGACCGGAGGUGUGAUCGGAGCAUUGCAGCUGCUCUUGACUGCAAGAUCCCGAAUUCUGUUUCAGAACUGUUUUCCUCCUGAUGCAGCGUGUGACCAGCCAAGAGUGGGGCCAGUUCUUUUCUGCAACCCUUAUGGUUGCCAGAGAAGAAUCGGCCCCACUUAUGCUGAACACCAAGCCCAUGGACCAAUUCUGGCUUUCCGGGGGUCCCCCAAAGGGCCGCACCCCUUUCCCCACUGCAUGCCUUGGGGGUCAGUCCACAGAAUUCCCAGGCAGCGCUAGAACUGGGACUGGCAGAAGAUCGUGGCCCGCCUUAUGGGGCAGCUCCAGGGCUGCAAGCGAUGCUCCAGGCCUCCACCUUUGGAUUUUUCCUCUCCUUGCCUCCUUCCUCCGAUCAGGAGCAUCACCGCUGCUUCUCAAAGGACUGGGAUGCUUGCAUGCUCUGUCCCGGUUCACCUCCAAUGUGCUUCUCCUGCAUUUCUCUCUGCAGGUCACGGGAAGACGUCUCUGGAAGAACGUGUAUGACAUGCUGGGAGGCAGUCCAGGCAGCACCAGCGCCGCUACCUGCACCCGGAGACACUACGAGAGGUUGGUCCUUCCGUACGUGCGGCACCUGAAAGGCGAGGAUGAUAAGCCCUUGCCCCCCGUCAAGCCCCGGAAGCCGUACAAGGUGUCCAAGGAGCCAAAGGGGGACCAGGCGGGCGGCUCUGGGGAGAGGAAGCGAGCCAAGAAGGAGAGGAGCAGAGAGCAGGGCCUGCCAGAGAAGACCAGGGCCGAUCCCAGCGUGACCCCCAAGCCUGCCAACGGUGAGGAGCAGGACCUGCCCCAGGAUCACGUGGAGGGCGGCCUCCCGCUUACAAGCAGCCGGGAGCCUCCCGAGAGCCAGGCCCGGGAGGGCUGCCACGGCGCCUGCGGGGCCCACGGCUGCUCCGAGACCUACAAGCAGCUCUUCUCCGGCUUCUACUUCAAGGGCAACCACGGCAUCAUGUCCCCGCUGGCCAAGAAGAAGCUGCUGGCCCAGGUCAGCAAGGACGAGUCCUUCUAUUCCCAUGGGAAGCACCUCGGCCACUGCCUGGAGCACAAGGAGGGCCGUGUCCGCGAGAGCCCUGGCUCAGACGUGGAGACCCAGCCUCAGGCCCCCUCGGCUGGCCAGCACCCGCAGGAGCGGCGGACGCCCGGGCUGGAGGUGGCUGGCUGCAGGGGCCCUCCCGGUGCUCCCCAGGCCACAAAGGCGAACGGAGGCACUCAGAAGGUGCUUCCGAGCCUCCGGGAUGGCCCAGCAGACAGCAGAGGCCCUGGGGGCCACCCGCCCACGGGACCGCUCAUCUUCAGGGGCUACUUCCACACGUCUGGAGGCAGCGCCGUGCACCCGCAAAGCGGCCUCCCUCUCCGGGGACCGCUGGAGUACUACCCUGGCUUCAAGGACUUCCCGGAGUCGUCCUCUGCCUACCCUCCGCCCGGGAAGGACGUGCUCCUGGGCAGCCUGUCUCAGAAGAGGCAGGAUGCCCCAGAGGACCAGCCCGAGGACCUCCGCCAGAAGUCGCGCCGGCCGCUGCCCUGCUGGGGAGGGGACGGCCCACAGGCCGCGGCCUUCCAGCUCAGCAGCCCUGGCGAGAAACGAGGCCCGUCCCCCUUUGCCCACGCCAAGCCCUCCUGGGCGCCCACCGCAGCCCCCCUGGUGCGGGGUGGCCCACAGGCGCUGAAGAACGGCGCAGCGCCCCUUGCCCCGGGCCAGGCCGCUGGCGCCGCGCAGAAGAAGCGGCCACUGGAGGAGGACCACUUCCCGCCCCCCAGGAAGCUCAAGGCCGUGGCCCCCUUCGCCAAGGAGGCGGAGCCAGGCAGCCCGCUGGAGCCCGGCCCCUCCCCGGGUGGGCAGGUGGGCCUGGCCAAGCCAAAGGCCGCGGUGCCGGGCUCCAGCUACCCGGUGGCCCCCAUGCCCCAGGUGCAGGACGCAUACAAAGGGACGAUGCUGCGGCUGCCCGUGAGCUCGGCCGGCCCGGCGGAGCACCUGAAGGGACGGUCGCCCCCACUGAUCCCGCCCCUGUGCAUCAGUCCGCUCGUUCUCCCCGCCUUCCCGACCCCUUUGCUGACUGCCUCCAUCCAGCCCUCCGACCUCUGCCAGCCGCUGGGCACCUCCCUGGCCCCCUACCCCGCCGCCUAUGACAGUGCCCUCCGCCACCGGCUGUACCGGUUCUCCACGUGGCACAGCCAGCCCGCCUACGCCUCCACCCACGUGCCCGCUUUCCACCGGAACACCAAGCUGUAGCCGCGCUCCGUGGCCUCCAGAGACACGCACCGCCUGGGCCGCCCGCGCGUGCUGCACGCCGGGUUCGCCGCCCUCUUCCAGGCUUGCUUUCUUGAGAAGCGGCCAGGUGCCACGGCCAGGACCAUGCGAUCUCUUUCCUCACUCUUGAACUUUGAACUGUCUUUGUAUCUGGUAUGAUAUGCAAAGGACUUGUGCUUAGAAACAAAGCAAAACUCUGUAGGGAACAAGGUUGAUACAAGCAGAGGUUUAUAUCCGCGGGAGGCCUGGACCCAGGUCAGUGCCAGUUUGUCUGUACUUUCUGGAGGAACUGAAGCUGCUGGUAGGAGCACGGUGGGGUUAGGGAGGGUUCCAGAUGUGUGAACGGAUCCCAUCAGCCUCAGCUAGUUUGUUGGCCUGCAAAGAGUGUGGUGCACAUGAGCCCUUUCCCAGCCGGCCGGCAGAUGCAGAAGGAAAACAAGCCCGUCUGGGAGUUUGAUCUGGGAGUGAUUUGAGCUGAGGUUCUGCACUGAUUCCCUGUGAGGAGCAGGCAGAAGAGGCUGUGCCUCCUUCCACAAGGGCAUUUAAGGGUUGCUGAAUUGUUCCAGGUUGCAUCCUGUACUGUAAAACUUCACUGCCAUUCCAGGCUUCUUGUCCUUAUCGUAAACUCACUGAGGUCUGCCUCCUUGCCCAGUUCCGUAGCUCAUGGAAGAGGAGGAAGAGGAUGCAUCUGGAGCCGGUGGGCAUCCCUCCUCCUCCUCAUUCCCCUGCAGAAGACUCAAGGAACCUUGCUUGUGUCGGGGCCAGGGCGCUCCUUCCAGGUAUCCAUCGCCAGGGUGCGUCUCUGCUUCCCGGUCCCCCAGAGUUCAGCCACAGGCACCUGGCAUGUUUCUCCUGCCCAGGUGGCUUAUUCCUGAAGGGUAUCGGAGGAGUCUCCCUCCGGCCACCUGCUUCGCCUUGAUUGCAGGUCUUCCGCAGCCCUUGACUGGAAUCGGCGCCCCUGCUCCAUCCCAAGCAGAGAACUCCCAGGUAGGGGAGGAUCAGCCAGGCUCCUCUCUGGGCCCCUCGGUGCUCUGGGGAUGAGUGAGGGAACAGUCAAGCUGUGCAUGGAGUACCAGGGCACCCAGCGGUGGGCGCUGGAGGCUGGGUCAAAGCCCCGGACUGGGAUGGGGACACAAGCCUUUCUGAUGCUUAGGGACGAGGUGGUAUUUAAAGGUGCUUAAACUUUAAAUACUUGCAAGGAAUUGAGCCCAGCCUUGGAGCUGUGGCAGGCGUUGCUGACUCCUGAGUAGACCCUGUAACUCCCAUGGCCGCACAAUUGCGCCAGUGGCAGUAAUGUUAAGCUGACACUCUUGUGGAAACCAUUUCCGCAAAGAUUGCUGCGCUGAGCUUUCUGCACAAGAGACUUUUAACCUGCCGUUUUGUUGAGGUUUUCACUUAGUGGGAUUAAGACUGACUGCUUUAUACAUUCAGGGGUUUUCCUUUUCUACCUUUUUAUAUGUUCUGUUGUACAACCACAAGGUGGCGUUGCAGGUUAGCAGAAUUGCAAAAAUAGGUGAUGUUGUCAUAGUGUGAUUUCCAGAUAAUAUAGUCUAAUUUAAAAAAAAAAAAAAUCCAUGGAAAUGGUUGCAUAGCUCAGGAGAGGCCCUGGAUUAUGAAAAGACUGUGUGAAGCAACCAGCAGGGCAGAAUCUCAAGUGCAGAAUAAAUGCCUCAUGUGGGGAAGACCUUGGCUUGUAGCAGCAGCUUGACGAGAGGAAGACAGAACAAAUCUAUUUUCCCGACAUCGCGUAGAUGCCUCUGCCCUCAGACGCACGAAGUAUUAACCUCAGGUGGGCAACUUUCUCUGCAGGUGCUGAGGGGAAGUUGGAGGUGGGAAAGGACUUAAGCUUUUUUCUCAGAGGGCAUCGGAUUGCAAAAGUAUGAUGGGUGAUUUCAGUUCCUUCCAAUGUUGCAAUUUAUGUCUCACCCUACCCUUGGUGCGUGUAUAAUCUGGCCAUUUGAGGUUACCCCUUCUUGCUUCUGAUGGCGACAGCAGUGCCCAGAAAAGCUCAUGUGUGAGCCAUGAAAUGUCCACGGGGUUUUCUGCAACUCAGCAAGAGCAUAAGCAACCCGUCCCGGUGGAUUGCACCAGUUUGCACAGGCCGCCUGAGUUCAGUUCCGAUUCGGGUUGAGCAUCGCUGGGCAGCACUGGCUUGCUCAGAUGCGGAGCCUCGGCCUGCUUACCCCACAUGGGGCUGCAGCUUUCCUGGAAAUCAAGGUGACUUUCCCAGCUUAGCUUCUGAUGAGGCUUUGAAGUUGAAACAGUAAGUACCAAACUCAGCAAAGCUCGUUCAAGCAGUGGAAGCCUCCCAUUUGCACUUCAGUUGAAUUUAUUGUGCCAUAUUCAGGAAUAAAUUUUCAAAUAAUAGGCAUUGACAACCAGGGCUGUGCAUUUUCUAUUUCUGGGCACAUUAUGGUUGACCAGUACAGGGUACGGAAUUCAACAUACCCAGCAUUGAGCUUUCACUGGAAAUUAAAACCUGGUUUAUAAAAUAAACGAAGAGAACCAAA